GCUCUUUAUAAAAAGAGAACGCGUCAUCAACAACUAGGCCGAACAACAGACCUAUUUGGUAACACUUUCUUCAAAUAACGACGCAGCGAGGAUCACACGCCCCAUGGAAACUUGCCUUGCCCACUGGAAUGACAGGGAAAUGCAGCUGGUGCGACUACACGAAGAAAUUUUAUCAAAGAGAGAAGCCUUGUUAAACUGUUCCAUAAGCUAUCACCAGAGUCAAGAGCUGCGAUCAAAACAAUUGACUGUAACUUCAGAAGAGGCCUACAUUAGAAAGCACACCCUUCUGCAGGAUAUCAGAAAGUCACAAACAGAAGUGUUUGAGUCAUUGAACUCUGCACCCAGUCCUAGAUUUAUGACGCUGCAGAAGAACUACUGGGCGAUGGUUCGCAGCCAGGUGCCCAUGUGGGAGCAGGAUCUUGGCAUUGUGCCUGCUCCUACAUCAACCCGCAGUGCACCCACACCUAGGGGAGGGCACUCCAGGCGCAGGAAGGCAGCCAGCCAACAGAGUAGUCUCCCUUCCAGGCGCAAACCUUCUCCCAGGCAUGCUCAGAAAUCCUGAGUAAUUCCACUUAUUCCACAGUUCAGAUGUCAGUAGAUUUGCUGGUUGUUAUUGAAAAUGUUAAUUUAAUAUGUGUAGUAACAGAUCAAAUAAGGGGGGGGGGUGCAACAUGACAUACAUUUUCACACAGUAUUAAGAGAUUACUUUCACUAAAGAUCAUAUACAUUAUAAUGGUGCUUAGUAAUGAAUGAAGAGAGACAUUGUAUCAGAUUGCCGAUUAAGAGGUUACAUUGGCAUGUAAUAUUAAACAAUCUCUUAAAAAAAGAACAUGUUAACAGAUACAUAAUAGGGGAUACAUGUUUUACAAACAUCUCUUGUUGAUCAAUAUUUUAUCAUAAAAUGUUUAAAAGAAAGCUAUUUACAUUCAAACAUUGUUGAACAUAACAUAAGCAAGGUCAGAUUCACUGCUAUUUUAGUCUGGAUCCAGUACAACUCACUGAUAUUAAAGCUUGAGCGUGGAUUGUGUGACCAGAGAAUAGGCAGUCUACAGAUUUUUAGAUGUUACACCUUAGGACAUGUGUUCAUAGUGACCAGAGAAAUGACAGUUUACAGAUAGAUGCUACAUCUCUGGACAUGUGUUCCUAGUGACCAGAGAAAUGACAGUCUAUAGAUAGAUCAUGCUACAUCUCUGGACAUGUGUUCCUAGUGACCAGAGAAAUGACAGUCUAUAGAUAGAUCAUGCUACAUCUCUGGACAUGUGUUCCUAGUGACCAGAGAAAUGACAGUCUAUAGAUAGAACAUGCUACAUCUCUGGACAUGUGUUCCUAGUGACCAGAGAAAUGACAGUCUAUAGAUAGAUCAUGCUACAUCUCUGGACAUGUGUUCCUAGUGACCAGAGAAAUGACAGUCUAUAGAUAGAUCAUGCUACAUCUCUGGACAUGUGUUCCUAGUGACCAGAGAAAUGACAGUCUAUAGAUAGAUCAUGCUACAUCUCUGGACAUGUGUUCACAGAGUCUUGUAGCUUACUCUUUAGCUAACAGACUUUUUCACUGUGCAAGCAAUUAUUUAUUGCCGUUAUUUUUAAUAGUUUCACAUGUGUGUGCAAUAACAUUGGCAGCAAGGUAAUUUAGCCUUCAUUACUGAUAUUGAAUCUACCUAGCAACUAAAUUAGCCGUUUUCUUUAAUGAACCUCCAAGAUAGCUUUUGAAAUGUUAUUAUUGAACUAGUUUUAGUUCCCUUUCGUGAUGUGUCUUAGAUAGCGAAAAUUAUCAGCCUCAGUCGGAGUGCGGGAAAAUGUGUGAUAUGAUGUUGUCAUGUAUUAGGGAUGCAGUGUUGUUGAAAACAGAUCUUUCUUAAAGACACAUUGGUAUAUGUAUUAUUAGCAAAUCUUUACAGAUUGUUUAUUUUAUAUAAUUAAGAAUUACUAUUCAAGAUUUGUAUUAUAUCUCGUGUGUAAAAUGUAUAUCCAUCUGUAAUACAUAAUACGAGUAUUUUGAUCUUUUGUGAAGCCGAGUAUAUUUUGUGUUUUGUUCAGUAUCGUGUUGUAUUAAGAUGUAUCUGCAAUUGCUCCCAACUACAUGCCGUAACUGACGUUAACUCACGUGUAUUGUAAGGCAAUUAUUGGGGGUGUGUAUACUUUUAUUAUGUAGGUUAAUGCAAUAUAUGCUCAAUUUGAUUAUUCUUAUAUGCUUUUGUAAACAUAUUUUGACUGUGCAAUACAUUUUAAAAAGCUG